AUGGAACCCAUCCGGGGCGGGGUGCACGUGACCGCGACAGGGGACGGGGAGCAGAAAGGCCAAUCUGUCCCCUGCAUUUCGCGGCAGAUCUUCUGGUUACGAUUUGCUGCGGCAAUGGACUUGGCUUCGGACGUAGGAGUCCGUCACUCGGUCGUUCUCUCUAGCUUGGAAAUUCGUCAUCUGGUCGACUUCUCCCCCGCAACUACCUCUAUUGCCAGGGAAAUUCGUCUCUGCGUGAUCGCCAUUGUGGUUGGGUGGACCACCUCGCGCGUUGUCUCCGCCUUGUUGAACCGGAGAUCGUCGUCGGACCAGUAA